AUGGAUUCGCGUGAACCACCGCAGCCUCCUCAUCACCCUCACGCUCACCACUUUCAACCACCGUCGAACGUUGUCUUGAUGGGACCCAAUCCGUUCACCAACACUGCCCCGACUACCAUGAUGGCCCCUGCCACUGCUCGAUUCCCUCUCUUCAACAUGAACGCUAACCCUGCUAACCCUGCCAACCCUCCUCCUCAUUCUGAGCCUUUCGCUACCACCACUGCCGCCAUCACCACCGUCAACACCACUGCCGUCAACGCCAUCACCACCGUCAACACCACUACCGUCAACGCCGCCACCACCACCACCACCACUACUGUUCCUCCAACAUUGGUGCCAUGUGUUGCUGGCUCCUCUGAGUCAUUCAAGAGAAAGAGGGGCCGUCCAAGGAAGUAUUUCCCUGAUGAGAGCACUGUUCUGGGCUUGGGCUCAGGUUCGGGCUCCGGCUCGGGUUCGGGGCAGGCUCUUGCUAUGGCCUCUCCUGAUUCUUCAACUGCCAAGAAGAGUAAGAGGGGAAGAGGAAGGCCUCGUGGCUCUGUUAAAAAGAAGCUUGGGGAUGAUGGCUCUGUUUUCCGUCCACACGUGAUCAUGGUGAAUCAUGGAGAGGACAUUUUUAAAAAAGUUAUGGCCUUUAGUCAAGAAAGAGCGGGAUCUGAUACACAGAUGUGCAUUGUUUCUGCUGAAGGUUUGAUUGGUACUGUUGCUCUUCAUCAGGCGGGGAGCAUUGUGGUUUUUGAGGGCCAAUUUGAAAUUAUAUCCCUGACAGCCCAGUCAGUGGAAUCUGACGACGGAAGUGGCUGUAAAAGAAUGAGUAACUUGAAGAUAUCUGUAGGGGGUCCUGAUUCACGCCUUUUGGGAGGUGUAGUUGCUGAUAAGCUUGUUGCGGCAUCGACUGUAAAGGUCAUAAUGGGCUGUUUUACUUUGGAUGACAAAAAGACUAGCUCAAACAACCAGAAAUCUGGGCCGUCCUCAACCCCACCAUCCCAUUUUGCUGCUUCUGGGACUCCAACUAGCCCUACAUCUCAAGGGCCUUCAUCUGCGUCCUCUGGUGACCAUGAGAAUAGUCCUUUUGCUCAGGGACCUGGAAUCUACAACAAUGUUAGUCAGGAUCAAAACAUGAUGAUGUUCCACCACCCUCAAAUGUGGGCUCAUCAAACUCAGCAGUGA